AUGAACGCCCCGAGCAGAUAUGAACUCUUCGUGCUGGAAGAAGGCGAAAAGCCUGUUGAGAUCGUCGAGGACACGAAAAUCCCAAAUGCUGCGACCAUCAAGAUCGUCAAGCAGGACCAUACUCUAGCCAACUUGAUCCGCGCUCAGCUGCUCGCCACCCCUGAGGUCCUCUUCGCAGGAUACAAAGUUCCUCAUCCUUUGCACCCAUACUUCAUCUUGAAGAUCCAAACCGACGGCACCAUCACCCCCACCGCAGUCCUUGAAAAAGCCUGCACGAAGCUCAUAGGCACUCUCGCAUCCCUAGAGACACAGUUCAAACGAGAAUUCAGCUAUAAAGAGGUUGAAGGUGCGGUUCCAGAGGAUGUAUAUGGUGCCCCGACGGCUACUUGGGCCGGAGCCAGAGAUUACAUGGAUUUAUAG